AAUCCGAAUGCACCUGACUAGCUGGUGGUGAGUGGUGAACAGGGGCUUUGGGGCCAACAUAGUGGGCUCUCCAAGGAAACCCCCUUGAAACCAAUGGAUGCAUUCACGGGCUCGGGUCUCAAGAGGAAGUUUGAUGAUGUGGAUGUGGGCUCAUCAGUUUCCAACUCUGACGAUGAGAUCUCUAGCAGCGACAGUGCGGACAGCUGUGACAGCCUCAACCCUCCUACAACUGCCAGCUUCACACCCACAUCCAUCCUGAAGCGGCAGAAGCAGCUGCGGAGGAAAAAUGUUCGCUUUGACCAGGUGACAGUGUACUACUUUGCCCGACGUCAAGGCUUUACCAGUGUGCCCAGCCAGGGUGGUAGCUCUCUGGGUAUGGCCCAACGUCAUAACUCUGUGCGAAGCUACACACUUUGUGAGUUUGCUCAAGAGCAGGAGGUGAACCAUCGGGAGAUUCUUCGUGAACACCUAAAGGAGGAGAAACUCCACGCCAAGAAGAUGAAGUUGACCAAGAAUGGGACAGUGGAGUCAGUGGAGGCUGAUGGCCUGACACUAGAUGAUGUUUCAGAUGAAGAUAUUGAUGUGGAAAAUGUGGAGGUGGAUGAUUACUUCUUCCUUCAGCCUCUGCCCACCAAAAGGCGAAGGGCCCUGCUGAGGGCUUCUGGGGUCCACCGCAUCGAUGCUGAGGAGAAACAGGAACUUCGGGCCAUCCGCCUGUCACGGGAAGAGUGUGGUUGUGACUGUCGACUGUAUUGUGACCCAGAAGCAUGUGCCUGUAGUCAGGCUGGAAUUAAAUGCCAGGUGGAUCGCAUGUCCUUCCCGUGUGGCUGUUCUAGAGAUGGCUGUGGGAACAUGGCUGGGCGCAUUGAAUUCAACCCAAUCCGUGUCCGGACUCAUUACCUCCACACCAUCAUGAAGCUGGAGCUGGAGAGCAAGCGGCAGGUGAACCGUCCACCAGCCUCAGAUGAGGAGCCCUUGGCCACAGCCACAUGUAGCUUGACAGGCUCACAUGGCUCAGAGACACAGGACUUCCAGGAGUUCAUUGCUGAGAACGAGACAGCAGUUAUGCACCUACAGAGUGCAGAGGAACUUGAGCGGCUUAAGGCAGAGGAAGACUCCAGUGUCUCCAGUGCCAGCCUGGACUCCAGCAUUGAGAGCCUGGGCGUGUGCAUCCUGGAGGAGCCCUUGGCUGUCCCUGAGGAAUUGUGCCCAGGUCUUACUGCCCCCAUUCUCAUCCAGGCUCAGCUGCCCCCAGGCUCCUCUGUCCUAUGUUUUGCUGAGAACUCAGACCACCCAACUGCUUCAGCAGUGAACAGCCCCUCCUACUUGAACAGUGGGCCCCUGGUGUAUUAUCAGGUGGAGCAGAGGCCAGUCUUGGGGGUGAAAGGAGAGUCUAGCACGGAAGCUCCACCUUCUUUCCCAAAGGAGAAAGAUCUGAAUGUCUUCUCUCUCCCUGUUACCUCACUGGUAACUUGUAGCUCCACAGACCCAGCUCCCCUCUGUAAACCAGAAGUGGGAAAGACGUCAGCUCUAGAAGUGCUAGUGCCCGACGAUUGUAACCCCGAAGAGCCCAAGAAUGAAGACUUCCACCCCUCUUGGUCCCCCUCUACCCUCCCCUUCUGCACGGACAAUGAAGAGAGCUGUGGUACGGAGAAGUCCUCACAGCAGAGUGAGGAUCGGCCCCCUGAAGAUUCUACACUGGAACUUCCUCUGGCGGUGUGACCUGGGGCUGAAGAGUCAGCCUCUUACCCAUUCUCUAUUUAUUCCCUAUUUUACCUAACACCAUUUCAAAACAAAACUGUAGAAGCA